AUGCUCUUAUCGCUCAUGCCAUGGUGAGAGGCAUUGAGAGCUCUGUCAAUCGAGACGAGCAUGGUGUCGUGUGGGCGUGUGUGUCACUGCGGUCUUGCGUCUGCAAACAAGUAAGUGUGUGUGUGUGUGUGUGGUAGACACAGGAUCUGUCUGUCUGUCUCUCUGUCUGUGUCUGAUUUAUAAUGUGUGAAUACGGUGAUUUUUUGCCAGCUGCAAUGUGGGAUGAAAAGGACCUGAAACAGCUAAUCGUUGCAAUGAAUGAGUCCCACGGGGCAAAUUCUCCCAUGCAUCAAAGAAGUGCUCAUCAACGCAGUCAUUUCUGUACUGCUGAUGUGCUCUUAGGAGAGUGCAACCAGCCGUUGCUUGAGUGAGGUGGAGGUGACUGACUUGAUUGCGUCGAAGAGGGUGCCCGAGCUCGACAGCAUCGGCAGUGCACUCCUGUGGUCACUUUGCCACCAGCCGACACAUGGCCCGCUAGAAAACUUCAUUCUUAAGCACAGGUCAGAACAACAUAUGAUACCAACAAGAUGGGUCAGUCAGAUUCUCUUGUCGUUGCAGAUCUGCCCUGGUGGAGAGGCGUGUGUCGGUGCUGCAUUGUGUCGAUCCCCUCACUGGCUCCCGGCAGUUCGUGAAAGUCACCAUCCGCGACAAAGGCGACAUAUACCGAGCCCUGGAGGCCCCCAAGGCUGUCCACAAGCCGAAGUGAGCAGUGCACACACGACCUUUCACCCAUCAGCUCAUGACUCAUUGUAUCCUGCUGGCCGUUCCAGGUGGUUGGCUUGCCAACUCACGUCCUUCCUCUGCGCCAGUGGUGGAGUGCGCAACCUUACGUCGUCCGCGCUGCUGGUCAAUUCCUUCAGGACAUUCUGGGCCAACCUCAAAGCGGCAUCACAACAACAGCAGGACGGCACAGUCAGCACGUCGAUCCCGCUCUUCAGCGCACUCUGUUCGAUCUCCUGCUGGCCCUUUCCCCUCCCAUCGGUACAUCCAUGGACAUCACUCCCCCCUUCUUGCUGGCGCCACUGAAGGCACUCAUGCCGGACUGGGAAAAGCAAAGCGCCCCAUUCCUGCGCCGCCUCCCGCAUGCGGCUCACCACCGGCUAUUUGCCUUGUCGUGGGCCCUGGAUCUGCCCAUGUGGAUAGAGGCGUUUCGAGAGGUGGCUGAGGUGUCGUGUUCCAACGAGGCGCUCACAGAGCUGGCAGACAGCAAGACUCCGGCGGGCAAUGUGAGAAAAGAGGACGCGGGGGGAGUGAGGUUCCCGAAGAAAUAAAUAAAGUGGUCGAGAAACCUGGAGCUCCCAUCCAGCCAUCUGCUUCCAAUGCACACCGACAGAAGUGCUGGUAAGGAGAAACACACGUCACUGGGCAGAACGAGCCCCGUGAUGUCGAUCAUCUGUUCGUUUCAGGGCUGUAAUUGAGAGCAUCCAAUCGAAUCUGGAUUUGGAGAGUCAGUUACGGGCCGUGCAAAUGUCGCCCGAGCUGCGGACGCACCUGGAGCACAGCAUCGACGAGGCCCAGAAGCGGCAGGGCAGGAUGCUGCAGAAGAUCAGCACCGACCUUUACGAGAAGGCUUUCCACUUUAUCUUUGAGGUGAGACGGAUGGUGGAUGCACAGCCGCUCCGCACCGGGCAGCUCGAGCUCCCGUGCCUUGUCCUGUGUGUGUACAGCUCAUUCAGAACGCCGACGAUAACCAUUAUGAUGAUGGUGUGACACCCAGUCUCCAGUUGACCCUUUCUCUGGACCGCAUUCGGCUGUUCAACAACGAGAAGGGCUUCAACGAGAAGAACAUUCGCGCCAUCUGUGACGUCGGCUCAUCGACCAAGUCGCGCAAGAGGGGCGAGAGUGGACUUAUUGGGCGAAAGGGCAUUGGCUUCAAGUCCGUCUUCAGUGUCAGCAACACGCCCCACAUCUACUCGAACGAGUGAGUUUUCGCUAUGGUUCGACGCAACGGACAAACGACUUGGAUACAUCCUGCCGCACCAUGGUGAGUGGGGUAGGGCAGUGUGAUAGAGUACCACAUCCAUAUUUACGUCUCUUCAGGCCAAGACCCCGUUGUUGAGCCGUCAGAUGGCGAGCUGCUUUUCGACAUCUCUGUCGAGAGUGACAAGCGCCUCAAGGCCUCCGCCAAUAGCUGGACGACGUUGAUCGACCUGCCCUUCAAGGAACACACGCGCUACCAGCAAUCCUUUCUCGAGAAAUGCACCAAGGAGCUCGGCAACAUCCACCCGCCCCUUCUGCUCUUUUUGAAUCGUCUGCAGCGGCUGUCGAUUGUCAACCGAGUCACGGCCGAAAGCCGGAGGCUGGUGCGCCAGGACCAUGCCCAGCUGCUCACCUCAUCGCUCUGCCUGAGUGUCGAGACCGACGCGGAAAUCAUUCGUCUGGUGGAGGAUGACGAGAACCAGUGCUGGCUGGUGGUGCGGCACCAGGACUGGCUGGCCGUGCGGCAGCAGAGAUUGCCCACUCUGACGGCGUGGCGGCUCAAGGGCGGAGAGCGGCUCAAGAGUGAGGAUCAGAACGACAGUGACGAUGGGGUGGAGCCUACCGUCAUUCCGGUGGCGGUACCGCUCAAGGCUGACGGCGAAAUGGACCACCAGCCGGUUUGUGCCUACUUGCCUCUCACCGCUCGGCCAAUGAAGAUGACGCUGCAGGCCGACUGGACCGUCACGAGCAGCCGAGAAACGGUGAAGGAGGACAAUGUGUGGAACCUAUGGCUCCGCGACGAGUUCGCAUCACUGCUGGUCGACACCGUGGUCGUCCUCAAGAGCAUCAUGACCAGCGACAGUCCGGACAUCCACCUGCCCCCCGACUUCCUCUUUCGCCUCCUGGCUCUCUUCCCCGACCUGUCCGUCGACAGGAGCAGUUGGUACCAUCCAGUUGUCGAAGGUUUCCAGUCCCGACUCAAGAAGGGCAUUGCGUGGGUACUGACGGCAGAUGGCGAGUGGCACGAGCCCUCCAGCUGCUUGCUCGUGCCGUCGGGCAGCCUCGACGACCUGAUGAGCAUCAUUCCCCCAGCCGAUCUCUAUGAGUCAAUGCAGCUCAAGUACGUCCACCGCGCCAUCGCCCAGCUGCUCGAGCGACAGGGCAAUAUCGACACAAGGGGACGCCAGCUGGGCAUGGCUGUCGGCUCUGCAUCGUUCUUCUUCAACUACCUCGUGAGACUUCACGAGGCGGGCAAGCUGGUGGAGAAGCCCAUCGACUGGCUGGGCAAGGUCUUCCUCGUUCUCCACACCGCCACUACCGGCACGCGGCACAACACCAAGGAGAAAGCCAAGCACAUGGAGCAGAUGAAGGCGCUGCCACUCGUGCCCAUCCGUGGAGGUGAAGGCAUGGCGGCCAACGAAUGUCAGCUCUUCCUGCCGCGAUGGGAGGGUGAGUUUGAUGUCGAGAGGUUCUCGCUGUGGCAUAACUGUGGCGUGCAUUGGUGUGCCGAGAGCCACCAGUCCCAGUACGCCUUCGAGCUUCAGAUGCCCACUGUCGACCCGGCGUUGUGGGUGGGGCGGGACGACGAUGAGAAGACGCGGAUCGUUGAAGUGCUGGGACGGUAAGCAGGCAACAGCACGCGCAUUGAAGCGACAUGAGCGCGCUUUGUCUUCUGUGUGCUGUGGUACAGUUUUGGUGUGAAACACGCCACGGAUGAGCUGUUGAUCGCCUUCCUUGCGCAACACUUGAAUGACGAGACGGACGCCCAAGUGACCAUACGGCCAGGCAGACACGCCGACGAAGUGCAUCUCAUAUUGGUCAUGUGGUGGUGUGCAGGUGUGGGCCAGCGUCUCGUGCUAUCUCCUGAACCUCGGUGGCCACAAGUUUCUUGCAUCGCUACCAAAUCGCGAGGCUGUCGAAAGCUUCUCGUGUCCCUUCGGCUCAUCUGCACCUACGGCACUCUCAACCCACAUGAUGACCUGCCCGCCAGAAUGAAGCCGAUCCCCACUGACCAGCCCAACUCUUACGUCCGGCUGGUGCUGGCCAGUCCCCUUACACGC